CUGAAAUUAGAAUGAGGGUCAAGUUAAAAAUGAAAGAAGAAACAAGUGGUAGACAAAGCUGAAGGUCGACAUGAGAUGGGCAUAUUUUCAAACAAAACGGUGGGCUUCUCAAAGUUAAAUCAAAGCACAAAAUUAAAGUUGGGGUCUCAUGCAGAUUGGGGGCCCCACAAAAGAAUCAAAAAAAGGUUAAACCCCAGAAUUUGUGCAAUCAAACUUUCACUGUUAGAGAAGAAGAUCCAAUCAUGCCAACUCCUUUUACACUUCUCACAACAAUAAAAACGACGCCUUUCCCCUCACCCUCCCCAUUUCUCAUGUCGUUCUUCCAAAUGGGCUUCCCUCCCAAAAAAGAUGCUAUUGGCAGAAAAAGCACGAGUAGUGAGAUCACAGAGAUGAGUACUGACGGCGGCGAAGAAGAAGGCGCCGCCGAUUUCUGGCCGGUUCAGCGCCCCAUUGCGCCGCCGCCGGGGGACAAACCGGUGGAGUGCCCCUUCCCUAACUCCAAUGAAUGGCGAUUUUGGAGGAGCUCUAAUCGGAAAGGUGCGGAGCCUAUGAGCAAGAGGCGUCAUAGCGUGAGUCACGACGGCGACCAUUACAAGCGCCUUCUUUUUCCUCACAAAUCACACUUCCACAAGUUUUAAUCAACUCAUUAUCAUACUAUUUACAUAUAAAUAUUAAUAUAUUGCUCACUUUCACCCUUGUACCAUUUACCUUCUACUUAAGUAUAUCAAUCUCACCACUUCUUCUGCUGUAAGUUUGUAACCUUUAUUUCUUUGGAGGCAAUUAAAGCAUACAUUUUCUUUUUGGUAA